CCCUAGCCAUGUCUGUCGUCUAUACUACUCACAUUCUGAUUCGGUGUGCAGCACCCACGAUUCCUUGCUUCUCUCUGCUCAGCGACAGUCUGUUUCUCGUUGAAGUCCGACCGUCUCUAUAUUCUAUCCGAUUCUUCACUUGUAUUCGGCGGGUAUCGUGGAAAGGAUAGCCGGAGAGAGAGGGAAAGAGAAGAGAAUGGGAGAUGUGUGGGCAUGGCUGCUAUUCUUCUUCGUACUCAUCGCUCUUCUCGUUAUUGUUAUUUUCCAGCUCAUGUGCUUAACUGAUCUUGAGUUUGACUUUAUCAACCCUUAUGAUUCUGCAUCUCGGAUAAACAGAGUGGUUUUACCAGAGUUCAUCACGCAAGGAGUUUUGUGCCUCUUGUUUCUUCUAACAGGUCAUUGGUUUAUGUCCCUGCUGGGUGCUCCAUACCUAUACUACAAUACAAGAUUAUACAUGCAAAGACAGCACCUCAUUGACGUAACUGAGAUCUUCAACUUGCUCAAUUGGGAAAAGAAGAAACGGAUUUUCAAGCUCGCCUAUGUCAUUUUUCUCCUUUUUAUCUCCUUGUUUUGGGUGAUCUAUAGUGCAUUGGAAGAUGAUGAGCAAGCACUAUAGCUUCCACUUUAUGGAUAUAGGUAUUAAGCCCCACCAGCCUCUGCAUUCUGUCAAGGGGUGGCAUUGAAGUACUGCCUUGUUACUAGCUGGUCUUCUGUGACGGAUACAAUUUGAGUAAGUUUGGGUUAAGGAAUAGGUUUCUCGGCUUGUGCUUUGAUUGUGAUUCCAAAUUCUCUAUGAUUGUAAAAUGUUUCAUUAUAUCUCAUCCCAACUGAAGGUUAUUAGCAUUUAUGAUGAUUCUUUUUUUGGAGAGGGGGAAUCUGAACAGCUGUGCUGUUUUAUUUCAUGUUGAAGCCCCAUUUUUUGUACUCAGAUUCCAGGGAUGAGAACUGAGUUGUUUUCUGUAUUUGUUGUAUGUAUAAUAAUUAGAAAGUCAUGGUUUUCUA